AUAUGACAGCUAAUAAGAAGAGAGAGAGAGAACAUUUCGUCAUCUUUAUAUAAAUACUCACCCCUCCCUCACUUUUCCCGUCUUCUUCUUUCUCCCAGACUCUUUUCUCGUUUUCACCUGAGGAAAAAAAAAAAGAAAAGAAGAAACUCUCCCUCUCUCUCUCUCUCUCUCGAUCGCUUUAUCGCCAUGAGUCUGUUUGGAUUGGGAAGAAAUCAGAAGACGUUCCGUCCUAAGAAGAGCGCACCUUCUGGAAGCAAGGGUGCACAGCUUCGACAGCAUAUAGAUGCGACUUUAGGAAGUGGCAACUUGAGAGAAGCUGUUCGACUUCCUCCUGGAGAGGAUGCCAACGAAUGGCUUGCUGUCAACACUGUGGAUUUCUUUAACCAGGUGAACUUGCUAUAUGGUACCCUUACCGAGUUCUGCACUCCUGAUAACUGUCCUACUAUGACUGCUGGCCCCAAGUAUGAGUAUAGAUGGGCAGAUGGUGUCCAGAUCAAGAAGCCAAUAGAGGUUUCUGCUCCGAAGUAUGUCGAGUAUUUGAUGGAUUGGAUCGAGACCCAACUCGACGAUGAGACUUUAUUUCCUCAAAGGCUUGGGGCACCAUUUCCUCAGAACUUCAAGGAUGUGGUGAAGACAAUAUUUAAACGACUGUUCCGUGUGUAUGCCCACAUAUACCAUUCUCAUUUCCAGAAAAUCGUUAGCCUUAAAGAAGAAGCUCAUCUCAACACUUGCUUCAAACACUUUAUCCUCUUUACUCAUGAGUUUGGACUGAUUGACAAGAAAGAACUGGCGCCUCUACAAGAGCUCAUAGAAUCUAUCAUUUCACCUUACUGAGCAAAACGCCAAUUUCAGAUUUUAAAAUCAAAAGAAAUAAAUUAUAAAUGGUAAUGGUAAUAUGGUUUUUAAUUAUAAAUCUAUCCGAGUUUGUUUCAAGUUUUUUUUCUUUCUUCCUAAUUUCUCUGUAAAAUUUAAACAUUUACUAUGUAAGAAAUCCGAAGUCGAGUCCUCGACUACCGACCCUUUAUUCAUGUGUUUUCAUGUGAAAGAAAAAGGAACUUUACAUUAUUUUAUUGAUUUUUA